CUGAGGGGAGGAGAUGCGUGGGCUGUAACCUGUAUAUGAUUGGUUAAUGUACAUUCUUCUGUGGGUGUCUCCCUUGCAUGAGAGAGAUGCAUAAAAGCAAUGUAUGUGGCAUUAAACAUCAGUUCUGCUCCUGAUACUGUGUGUCAUCCAGUUAUUGGGAAAGGUGAUAGGAUAUUUGUGGAUUGUUUUACUUGCUGCUUAUGCUGUGCUUACUGUGUUAACUACUUGUUCUUGAGCUACUCUUGGAUUAUCAGUGGAGAAAGUCUAUGUGGAACUAGCGCUCUGCUACACUCAUUAUGCCAUAUUACUACCAGUUACUAACAGCUGUUGCCACAGAAUAUUUUACUCAAAGAAUACAAAAGCAGGAAACAAAUAUUACAUUUAGCGAAAGCUACAAAACUACAAAACAAUGUUACAGCUUGCACUUUCUCUGCUGUUUUAUGUACCUAUUAUCUCUCUUCUCUCUCUGCUGUUUAUUUACUUGUUCUGGCUAUUCUCAACCACUCUGCACAUUUAAAGGAAAACUCCAGUGCCAGGAAAACAAUCUGUUUUCCUGGCACUGCAGGUCCCCUCUCCAUCCCACCUCCCAUCCCAGGUAGCUGAAGGGGUGAAAACCCCUUCAGGUCACUUACCUGAGACCCUGCCGAUGUCCUUCGGUGGUGGUUUCGGGUCGGCGUCGCUCCUCCCAGUAAUUACGUCAGCCGGUGGGCGAGACUGAUCCCGUCUGCCGGCUGAGGAAACCUAAUGCGCAUGCACGGCAAUGCCGCGCACGCCCGCCAAUGCCGUGCACGCGCAUUAGGUCUCCCCAUAGGAAAGCAUUGAAAAAGAUUUUCAAUGCUUUCCUAUGGGGAAUUGAGCGAUGCUGGAGGUCUUCACACAGCGUGAGGACGUCCAGUGAUGCUCUAGCAAAGAAAAUCUUUGCUAUGAUUCAGGAAGUAGACAGCCACUAGAGGUGAAGUUAACCCUGCAAUGUAAUUUUUGCAGUUUAUUAAAAACUGCAAUAAUUACACUUGCAGGGUUAAGAGUAGUGGGAGUUGACACCCAGACCACUCCAAUGGGCAGAAGUGGUCUGGGUGCCUGGAGUGUCCCUUUAACUCUUAUGCAAGUCUUUGGCUAUUUAUGACUCACCAUUCGCCCGCACCCCUUCUCUAACAACAUCAGCUAUUAUAAGUGUUAAAUCAUGUUGAUCAUAUGACCUUGAUUAUAUGACAUUGCUUCAGUCCUGAUCAUAUAUUGCAUAAGCCUGCCACAAUGUCAAUGUACCCCAUUCUUGGCAGGUCCUACUCUAGCAGCCUAAUGCUUGCUUUUAUGAGAUUAAUCAACUUACGUGGGAAAUACUUCCUUACUGGGACUCUCUGCAAGUCAAGGCUAAAUAGGGUCCUGGAAUGAGGCACCUGUGACAGAGUUGGCCUGGACUCCCAAAUUCUCAUAAGAGCACGCAUUAGGCUGCUAGAGUAGGACCUGCCAAGAAUGGGGUACAUUGAGCUUGUGGCAGGCUUAUGCAAUAUAUGAUCAUAUAAUGUAACUAAACCCCCAUUAUUUUUGCCUAGAUGAGGUGUUUUUAAAUAAUGCAAUUACAAUCUGUAAGAUUUAAAAAUCAUUGUUUAGUGAAUAAGCGAGUGUGCUGGAUUGUGUAAUUUGUAUAUUGUAUAUAUUGGCCCCAGCAGCACCCUAUAAUGUAUGCAUGUUCAGGUGAGUGCAGCCCUCUUGGAUAUAUAUAUAUAUAUAUAUAUAUAUAUCCCAAAUUACAUGUCACUCACCCUGUAUGAGAAAUACAAAUGGACACUGCCUAGAUACCAAAAACCAGCGUUGACUAUCUAAAGCAGGGGUAGGCAACCAUUUAGUAGUACUGUGCCAGAAUUAGAUCUUGAAGUCCCCUUGGUGUGCCGGUCCUAUUUCUUUAAUUUGAGGUAUGUAUGUUGUGUUAUUUAUGAGUGCUGUAUGUAGUUGCUUUGUAGUGUUCUAUUUGUACGUAUCUGGGCUAUUAUAUUAUAUAUAUUUAUGAGUAGUUUGUGGGAUUGCGUACGAUAAUAAUAACUGUGUGAUGUGUAUGGUGGAUGCUUGUGUGUGUGGACGAUUUGUCACAUAGUGUGUUUGGUGUGUAUGUGUGGGGCUGCUUGUGGUAUUGCAUGUGAGAGGCUACUUGUGGAGUUCUGUGCAUGUAUGUGGAUUGUCAGUUGUGUGUCUGUGGGGACUGUGUGUGUGUUUGUGUGCGGUUUGUUUGUAUUAUUUGUGUGAGGGGAGGUUUAUUCUACAGCUCAGUGCAUAUCUAGCAGUGUGGGUGGCUUCCUUGGGUCCACUGAGGACCGGACUGUCCAGAUACAGGUUAUAGGCAGGAGCUGCAAUAGCUGCUGUGGACAGCUGUAUUCCAGUGUGGUUUCCCGUUCAAAAUUUCUGGGAGGAAGUGAUCUAAGAUAAUUUCUAUAAGUGCUGUAAUGCAUACAUUGAGGAUUGUCCCUCACCACCUUUUUGCACGAACAGAUAUGUGAAGUUCCACAGGGACUCCUGAUAGGCCAGAGCCUGUUUAGCUCUAGAAGUCUUGAAUGUCGUGGAAAAUCACCCAGAGUGCCAUGCAUGGCACAUGUGCCAAAGGUUACCCUCCCCUGAUGUAAAGGCUACUCAGAGGUCUUCCAGUAAACAAGAAAGUGUUUAAUAAAUUAUCAAAAAAGUUACACAAGUUUCUGAUCAAGGUUUCGGCCCAUUCAGGCCUUUCUCAAGAUCACAUUGUAAUACAAUAAACCACUAUUAUAUAGGUAAAAAGUGUAAGAAACAUAGUGUAAGAAACAUACCAAUAACGAGUGUGCAGUUCAACAUCCAGUGUGUAACCCGUGACUCAUGCCCUAGACUUAACAUGCUUUUGUUCCUAUAGAUUUCAUAUAGAUUUCCUGUUCAUACAAGGUAGACCAUUUAAGUUGUUUUUCUGGAUGACUCUAUAAAAACAGAACUAAGAAAUACCUAAUUCCUGAACUAUUGGUGUGCCUUGAGGAUUUUGUUGCAACCACCGAUUUAUUAUAUCUUAGUUAAUUGCUAAUAGCAAUAUCUUGCUUUUUCAUGACAAACUAAACUUCAAUACCAUGGCUUAUACUACCGAUUUCAUCUCUAGUGGGAUACAGCAACAAAGAUCUUAUAUAUACCUGGAUGAGAGGAAAUGAUUCUGUUCGUGGAAUGAAUACGUUAAAGCUUGCCCAGUACACAGUUCAAAAUUAUUACACUAAAGUGUCUAUGGGACAUGAUGAAACAGGUAAUAUAAUUUUUAUUUUGACACUUAUUGUAAUGCAUUUUCAUUGCUAUAAAAUAUUCUCCCAAUGCUUGUAUAUUUUCCAAACUGGCAAGUUUGGAUUUAUUCUAUAGAAAGACGCAUAAAAUAAAGAUCAGGUAAGAUAUAAAUCUAAACUUUGUCCUGUAAAAAUGUACCAUUAUGAUUUUUCCAUAUUUUAUCCAAUCAAAACAUAUGAUUAGAGAAGUAAGAACUAAUAGCAUAAUGCAAGUUGAAAAAGAUUGAACACAAUCAAUCUUUCACACAUCAUGGCUGCAAUGGUUGAUGCACAAGAAAGGCAAGAAUCUUAAAAGUAAUUUACAAUUACAACAAAUAUGGAAAACACGUUUCUGGCAUACCAAGUGAAAGCAUCAUUUACUUUUACAUUACACAGCUAUUAUUGAUGUUCAUAUUCUGAUUGACUACAGUCCUGCAUUCACAAACAUUUUUAAUCCAUUCAUGAGAGCAGACAUGGAGUGGCUAGACUCUUGCUAGUUGCAGUGAGUUAUGAGUUAUCCAUGUAUAAGCCUGCUGGAGGCUACCCUAAGCAUGCAAUUUCUGUGCUACAUUGCCAGAAUAACCACCUGUCUAUUAUAAUAAGACAAUUACUUAGGCUUCCUGUUUCAACAGUUCAUUCCAGCAAUAAUGCUCCCUUGCAGUCAAUGCUAUCGGAGAAGGGGUCGGCCUGGUUACAAUGGCAAUGCUGGUGCUCAUUCAAUAAGCAUUGCCCCCAGAAAAGCAUUUAAGGUGCAUCCCAAUCACUAUAACCACUACAGCCAUUUGUGGAUUGUUUGACUUUUGACUUGAGGUUCAGUGAAUGCCUCUCCUCGCCUUUCAGCUAGUCAGCUUAGGCCUGCAUUGUAGGCCUUAGCUCAAGAGAGCUUAUUUAAGUUCAUACAUAGAAACUUUAAGCUAUAAAGAAAUGGUAGUAAAGGUGGAGAUCUGUGCCUGGCAAAUCACAGGUAAGAUUUCUUAUUCCUUAAAAAGGUGGGUUGCCAGGCACUCCUAGUACCAUAACCACUACAGCAAGCGGUAAUGGAUAUAGUACUUGUAUUGUAGGGAUGUGGUCAGCAACAGGAUGGGACCACCAUGGAACACACUAUGGUAGACCACCAGCAAUUAUAUCCGUCUCCUUGCAAAAAGAUAAGUAGGAGUGGGGUAUUUUUACACAAUCACACACAGACAACUCCACACACAUCACAUUCAGGCAGCCUCACACUUGGCCAAAUUCGCACAUACAUCAUACCUUUUAACACUGGGAGAAAUAAGGUUGGGAUUAGUGUGUGUUGAAACUGUUCUGUUAAUUGUAUUGUCUCUCAAGCUGAGGGGAGGAGAUGUGUGGGCUGUAACCUGUAUAUGAUUGGUUAAUGUACAUUCUUCUGUGGGUGUCUCCCUUGCAUGAGAGAGAUGCAUAAAAGCAAUGUAUGUGGCAUUAAACAUCAGUUCUGCUCCUGAUACUGUGUGUCAUCCAGUUAUUGGGAAAGGUGAUGGGAUAUUUGUGGAUUGUUUUACUUGCUGCUUAUGCUGUGCUUACUGUGUUAACUACUUGUUCUUGAGCUACUCUUGGAUUAUCAACUCCCUGAGGGGGGAGUUACCAGUGACUUACAUAAUGGAUGGACCAGCUUAGAAAAGGUUUGGGCCUUGUCAUUAAAGGGAUCUGUCUGGUCAUCCCCCAUCCUAGAGGAACAUGCAGAGUGCACUGGAUCAGGGCUAGAUUAGCAAGAGCUACUGCAGCGGCACCUGCAGACCCAUGCUGUAAAAUAGGGCCAAAGCAGCCACAAUAUUAAUCUGUGAAAUCUGGGGAUUUCUAGUCCUACUUGUUAUGUAUGAGAAUUAUAUUUUAUUUAUUGUCUCCCAAUCACUGAGUACUAAUACUGUAUUGUGGUUACUUGCUGUGUUUAGUAUUGUGCACGCAGCCUCAACCUCAGCCUCAGCCUUUGCCUCAAAGUCAGAUAUGUAACAUUGCAAUUGCAGAAGAGGGAAUAUUCAGAAUCCGCAUUGGUCAACAUUAUGUUUGCUAUCAUGAAAAUUCAAAUGUAAAUUCUACUUCUUCCAUUAAGCCCAUUAAAGUUUCAAUGAAGUCCUAAAUACAGCACUGAUGGGUAUUGAAAAAUUAGGCCCUAUAUAGUUACAUAGUUACAUAGUUACAUAGCUGAAAAGAGACUUGCGUCCAUCAAGUUCAGCCUACCUCACAUUUGUUUUUUGCUGUUGAUCCAAAAGAAGGCAAAAAAAACCAGUUUGAAGCACAAUUUUGCAACAAACUAGGAAAAAAAUUCCUUCUUGACCCCAGAAUGGCAGUCAGAUUUAUCCUUGGAUCAAGCAGUUAUUACCCUACAUUGAAAGAUUAUAUCCUUGAAUAUUCUGUUCUUGCAAGUAUGCAUCUAGUAGCCGUUUGAACAUCUGUAUGGACUCUGAUAAAACCACUUCCUCAGGCAGAGAAUUCCACAUCCUGAUUGUUCUUACAGCAAAAAAACCUUUCCUUUGCCUUAGACGAAAUCUUCUUUCUUCCAGUCUAAACUCAUGGCCUCGUGUCCUAUGUAAAGUCCGGUUUGUGAAUAGAUUUCCACACAAUGGUUUGUAUUGGCCACGAAUAUAUUUGUAUAAUGUUAUCAUAUCCCCUCUCAGGCGACGUUUUUCUAAACUAAAUAGGUUUAAAUUUGUUAACCUUUCUUCAUAGCUGAUAUGUUCCAUUCCUUUUAUUAAUUUUGUAGCCCGCCUCUGCACUUUUUCUAGUGCCAUAAUAUCCUUCUUUAGAACAGGUGCCCAAAAUUGCACAGCAUAUUCAAUAUGGGGUCUUACCAGUGAUUUAUAAAGAGGCAAAAUUAUAUUCUUGUCCCGAGAAUGAAUGCCCUUUUUCAUGCAUGACAAUACCUUACUGGCCUUGGCCACUGCUGAUUGACAUUGCACAUUGUUGCAUAGUUUGUUGUCUAUAACAAUUCCCAAGUCCUUUUCAUGUGUUGUUAUCCCUAAUUCGCUUCCAUUAAGGGUAUACGUUGCUUGUGUAUUCUUUACGCCGAAGUGCAUAACUUUGCAUUUUUCAACAUUAAAUUUCAUCUGCCAUUUGAGUGCCCAGUCCCCCAGUCUAUCUAAGUCCCUCUGCAGCAAAGUAAUAUCUUGCUCACAUUGUAUUGUUUUACAAAGUUUGGUGUCAUCUGCAAACACUGAAACAUGACUUUCAAUGCGGUCUUCAAGAUCAUUUAUAAACAUGUUAAAUAGAAGGGGUCCCAGAACAGACCCCUGAGGGACACCACUUGCCACCUCUGUCCAGCUUGAAAAUUUACCAUUAAUGACAACUCUUUGUACUCUGUUUUUAAGCCAAUGUUCUACCCAAGAACAAGCAUUUUCAUCUAGACCGAUUUCCUUGAGUUUGAACACUAAUCUAUUGUGUGGAACUGUAUCAAAUGCCUUGGCAAAAUCCAAAUAGAUCACAUCCACGGCAACACCCUGAUCUAUACUUCUACUUACUUCUUCGUAGAACGCAAUCAAGUUAGUUUGACAUGACCUGUGCUUCAUAAAACCAUGCUGAUUUUUGCUGAUCACCAUGUUCUUCUCAAGGAAUUCUUGAAUAUUAUCCCUUAAUAACCUUUCAAAUAUUUUCCCAGCCACAGAAGUUAAGCUCACAGGUCUAUAAUUUCCAGGCAAGGAUUUUGAACCCUUUUUGAAUAUAGGCCCUAUGACGUCCCAACAAAAAUCAAAGGAAAUACUAAACGUCUGUAUGUAUUCAUGCAAGUUUUACCCACUUCUGAAGCUUCCCAAAAAGGGUAAAAAAAAAACCUUGUCUCUGGGCAACAAUAUCCAAAACCCCUCUUCCAUUAAUCUCUAGUCAUAGAGUAGAUAGAAUAUAUUAAACUUAAAGACUAAGACUUUAAGGGUACACUCCAGACACCUAAAGCAUGCUUGCUGAAGUUCUUCUUGUGUGAAGAGAUAGUCCUCUUUUUUUCAUUUUAUAAAACUGCAGAUUUCAAUAGAAAGUGGCACCUUUUUGAACUAAUUUUGUUACAUCUCCCUGGAUGUCAAUUAGACAACCAAUCUUGUUACUUUUUGGCUACUUUGCUCAGUAGAGCUAAACUCAAGUGGCGCACAAUAGAUUAGAAGGGGAGGGCAUGCAAGGGCUUACGAACAGACAAAUGUCAGGGAGGGCUGGCUAAGUUGAGGACAUGUCUAGCUUUGAGGAUGGAGUCAUCCCACCACAGCUCAUGCAUACUGCUCGUGCUGGUGUAAGAAUCGAAAUUUGCAUAGAAUUCACAUUCACUUUUGUUUCUGGCUGGCUAAUAAUGCUCUAAUGAUGUUGCUGGAAUUGGGGUUGCACAUCUACAGCAGAGAUGUUAAUCUCCAUGUGUAUAGUGUUUCAUAGCAAAACUCUGCACAUACAGACUGAAGGCACCAAGACCACCUCAAAUCACUAAAGUGGUCAUGGUGCUUUAAGUAACCCUUUAACUUCUACACUACGAUAACACUAAGCAUUAACACCUACAGUACCCAAAUGCUAAGUGUUAAAACUAUGAUGAUAAGUCAUUAUACUCUAGACUAGGGGUUCCCAAUUAAUUUUUCCCAUGGAACCCUUUGACAUAGUGUAUCAGCAUUGUGUUUGCAUGUGCCAGUGUGUGCAUCUGUAUGUCAGUGUGUAUCUGUGUGUGCAUAUGUAUCUGACACAAAUAUACACACACUGGCAUAUAGUGGCACACAGAUACACACCUUGACACACAGAUACACACACUCAGAUACACAUACACACAGUGACACUGACAUACAAACACACAUCUUGACUCACAAAUACACACACUUAGAUACACACAGUGACAUAUAAACACACUUGCACCCACAUAUACACAUGCUGGCACAUACACACACUCAGAUACACACAUUGACACAUACACACAGUGUUAUAUACACACACUGACACACACAGAUACACACACACUGACAUACACACACGCAAAGGCACAUGCAAACACACUGAUAUACAAUGGCACAUACACACACCUUGACACACAGACACACACACACACACACACACACACAAUAUGACAUACAUCAGAGCCACCUCCCUUUUUACUCCCUGCCGCGCAGCAGCAACUCUGUGAAGCUGGGAAGAAGUGCUAUCACUUCCUACCAGCUUGCCAAUACUACAGGAGCCUGGUUGUGCUCUUAAAGGGCCGCAACACCUGACCUGGCCCCUGAUUUGCAAUAAAAUCUCGGCGGCUAUUUUGUUUGGGGAAAUCACGGCAGAACCCCAUUUGUGUCUGCGGAACACCAAUUGGGAAACGCUGUUCUAGACCAACAGCCAAACAUAUGUGAGGACUGGGUUUCUUUUUGUAAUGGCACAAGACAGAGUUGUCCGCUCUCACCCAUUUUGUAGAUAUCAACAAUUGAACCAUUAGCUAUUAACAUCAGAAAAAAACAUAGAGUUAAAAGGUUUCCUUGCUUUACAUAGACAACUGAGAAUAAGUUUAUAUGCUGACGAUACUGUCAAGGUUAUACUCCCCAACACGCAAACCAGAGAACAAUAAAGCCGAACACAGAUAGACGUAUUACCGGACCUUAAAGUGGCUGGACUUAACAUAGGAAUGAGAGAUAAGAAUAGUCAAACACGCCAAGGUCAGGAAUACAGAGAUACGGGAAAACGAAUCUCUGACAGAGCCAUGGUCAGGGAGCCAGAAAUAAGAAUAACAAAUAAACAAGCCGAAGUCAGGAACCAGAGAAAAGACUAAGAAUGCACUCUCAGGCUAGAAUAAACCACAACAGGGCAAGGAAGUGAUGUCAGAAGGAGGUUAAUAUAGGGCAAGGUGAAUGCUGAUAGGCAGGGACAGAAUUGAAUGAGGCAUAAAUAGAUAGUGGCAAUAGGCCACUAUCUCUUUAAAUUUGGAGUCCACGAUAUCCCUGCUGGCUACCUUGUGCGCGCGCGCACGUCCCUGGGCGCUCUCCCAGAUGUGCGCGCGCCCCCGGAGGCGUGCGACGCCUGCCAGUGAUCCACACUGCCCGAGACGAGAGGACGGACGGCGGGACCGUGACGGCGCGGGACACCAGGUAUGACAGAACCCCCCCUGAAGGAACGCCCACUGGAGGAACACCAGAAGGGCAUGAAGGAAAACUAGCAUGGAACGCCCUAAGGAGUCGGGGCGCAUGGACCUCAGAAGCAGGAACCCACGAUCUCUCCUCGGGCCCAUAACCUUUCUAAUAAACCAGGUACUGAAGUGAACCCCGGGAGAUGCGGGAGUCGACAAUAUGUUGGAUCUCAUACUCCUCUUGACCAUGAACCAAAACUGGAGGAGGACGAGGUCGGGAACGAGAAUGACUGUUGCAUAUAAGCGGUUUCAGGAGGGACGUAUGAAAGACGUUGGGCACACGAAGGUUUUUGGGCAAAUCCAAAGCAUAGGAAACAGGAUUGAUCCUUCGCAAAACCUUGUAAGGACCAAUGAACUUAGGAGCCAACUUCCUUGAGGGAACGCGUAGAUAACCAAACUCUAUCGCCAGCAACAUAAGAAGGUGCCGCCCUACGGUGCCUAUCCGCAAAGGCUUUUUGAGUAAGCAUAGUCUUCUCCAAGAUGGCGUGAACUAUUCUCCAAGUGUCAUGUACAGUGGAUAAGUGUUCAUCCAACACCGGCAUUCCCUCGUGAGAAAACGAAGCCAGAAGAAGAUUAGGAUGAUGACCAUACGUGACAAAGAAGGGACUGUGACCAGAAGCAGAGUGCGUAGCAUUGUUCCUGGCGAAUUCAGCCCAAGGAAGAAGGUCAGCCCAGUUGUCCUGGAGUUGAGACGUAAAACAACGGAGAUAUUGUUCAAGGCUCUGAUUAGUCCUUUCAGCAGCACCAUUCGUUUGAGGAUGGUAGGCUGAAGAGAAGGCGCAUUCAAUGUCUUUACAAAAACCCCUCCAAAACUUUGAAAUAAAUUGUGAACCCCUAUCAGACACAAUGACGUCUGGCAUUCCGUGUAGUCGUAUUAUUUCUUUGGUGAAUAUACUGGCUAAUUCAGCAGAAGAAGGCAAUUUUCUAAAAGGUACGAAAUGCGCCAUUUUAGAGAAACGAUCAACUAUAACCAAAAUGACAGUAAAACCCUUAGAUGGUGGCAACUCUACUAUAAAAUCCAUAGACAGAUGAGACCAAGGAACUAACGGCAAAGGAAGAGGAUGAAGAAGUCCAAAUGGUCCACAGGGCUGAUACUAUGGCUAAUAAUUCUCUAUUACCGAUAUCAAUUCUUUUCAGCAGGUGUCAGACUACGAGAAAAGAAUCCACAAGGAUGCAACAGAGCGGUAGGGUAUUCGCUCUGGGAAAGGAUAGCCCCCACACCGGUCUCGGAGGCAUCAACCUCAAGGAUGAAGGGUCUAGAGGGGUCUGGAUGUACCAAGACGGGAGCUGAGGCAAAAGAUUUCUUCAAGAGAGUGAAAGAAGCUUUGGCUUCCGCAGACCAAUUGACAUGAUUAGCUCCCUUAUGGUCAUAGCUGUGAAUGGUGCUAGAAUCUGGGAAAAGCCUUUUAUAAAUUUUCUAUAAUAGUUAGCGAAUCCAAUGAACCUCUGUAUGGACUUCAAACCUAUGGGUAAGGGCCAUUCAAGAAUAGAAGAUAGUUUUUUAGAGUCCAUUUGAAAUCCCUCAGUAGAAAUUAUAUACCCUAAAAACAGAAUAGAAGUCUGAUCGAACAGACAUUUCUCAAGUUUGCAAUAUAAGCCAUUGGCAAGAAGGGUCUGUAAAAUACUUCUAACUUGUUGGUGAUUUAUCUGAAUAUUAGGAGAAUGAAUAAGAAUGUCAUCAAGAUACACAAUAGCACAAGUGUGCAAAUAAUUUAGUAAGACAUCAUUGAUAAAUUCUUGGAAGACUGCUGGGGCAUUACAUAGACCAAAGGGCAUUACCAUAUACUCAUAAUGACCACUUCGAGUAUUAAAUGCCGUCAUUCAUUCGUCUCACUCUUUAAUGCGAACUAGAUUGUAGGCUCCUCUAAGGUCUAAUUUCGUAAAGACCUUAGAACCACGAAGCCUGUCAAAGAGCUCUGUUAUCAGCGGUAUAGGAUACACAUGUUUUAGAGUAAUCUUAUUCAGACCCCUGUAAUCUAUGCAGGGAUGCAAAUCCCCCUCCUUUUUGGCCACAAAAAAGAAGCCAGCCCCUGCAGGGGAAGAGGAACGUCUGAUAAACCCCUUACUUAGGGAUUCUUGUACAUAUUCCUCCAUAACCUUAUUUUCAUUUUGAGAAAGAGGGUAAACCUUGGGGGGCAUGGUACCAGGGAGGAGUUUGAUAGCACAAUCAUAAGGCCUAUGUGGAGGAAGACGGUCUGCCUGUAUUUUAUCAAAGACCUUCCCCAGUUCUUGGUUCUGAGGCGGUACGUUAGUGGAAAGUGGAAGAGCAUUGAACAUUAAGAGAACAAAGGGGUUUAACCUGACUUAAACAUGAACUAUUACAGGAAGUACUCCAAGACAGAAUUUGACUUUCUCUCCAGUCAAUAACAGGGUUAUGUUUUUGUAAUAAAAAAGUAGAAAGAAGGGAAGGCACCUAGGUGCUGAAAAUCCCAACUAGAGUGUGUAAGCAGAACUUUCUAGGGGGUAACCCUUGUAUAUUCUUUUCUAUCAUAACUGUAUUCACAUUCUUUUCUAUUAUGUUUUUGUAACCAUGGAAAACCAAGAACCAAAGGGCAAAAAGGGGAAGAAAUGACCUGGAAAGACAACUUCUCUUUAUGGGUAGCGCCUAUUGAUAAAAUAACAGUCUUGGUUUGAUGCGUAACAUAGGGGACUGUUAAUGGUCUUGGAUAACCAAACUCUAUCACCAGCAACAUAAGAAGGUGCCGCCCUAGGGUGCCUAUCCGCAAAGGCUUUUUGAGUAAGCAUAGUCUUCUCCAAGAUGGCAUGAACUAUUCUUCAAGUGUCAUGUACAGUGGAUAAGUGUUCAUCCAACACCGGCAUUCCCUCAUGAGAAAACGCACGUACGACGCCCGCCAGUGAUCCACACUGCCCGAGACGAGAGGACGGACAGCGGGACCGGGACGACGCGGGACACCAGGUAUGACAGAUACCAUGAUAGCCCUAACUGACCCUGUCUCAUCUCUUAAUUUAGUUUCUAACUGCAAGAUCAAUAAAAAAUAAAACUAGUAUUUUGGAUCUUGCCUUAGUCUUUAGGACAAUAGAUCAAAUAAAGCACCUAUACAACUUCUCAUGGAUCAGUACAGAUUUGUGUAUUAAGCUUACAAAAAUUUUGUGUAUUAAGCUUAGAAAACAUUUAGACAACAUAAUGGAAACUAAUUUUAUCGUUCUCUUAAGACAAAUGAACCAAUCCCUGAAAACAUGGAAAAAUUUACAAAUAUCUUGGUGGGGGAAGAUACAUGUCAUAAAUUCAUAGAGUGUACCAAAUAGUCUUAUCUAUUUAGAAUGCUACCUUUAAAACUUCCAGAGCCUUGGCAAGAUCUAAUUCAAAAUAGCAUAACUAACUUCAAAUGAAAAGGCAAAAGACCAAGAUUAAAACAAAACCUGCUUGCUCAAAGUAUUAAGGAGGGUGGUCUCGGAUUUCCAAUUAUUAUAAAAGUUUAUUGGGCUAACACCAUCUUCCAUAUAUACAGACUCCAAUUAAAAGAGACUACAGAGGAAGGUUGGUAUCUGGUAGAAAUGUAGAUUUGCAACUUGGUAGAUUUCAUCUCUUUGCUCUGGUUCCAUAAUACACAUACAAAAAUUAGAGAGGCCAAGGCAGCGAGCUCAUGCUUGUAUUCAAUGUUAGAAGCAUGGGAAAGAUUCAGGAGUUUGGGUAGCAUUCUAAACAGGAUAACAACUAACCUUAAAAUCAAACACCUAGAAAAAUAUAUAACAGACAUAGACAUAAGUAAAUGGACCCAAAGAGGGAUCAUUACAAUCAAUCAAAUUGUGUUUCAAGACAAAAUAAUCUCUUUCCCUCAAAUUGAAUUGAAUUAUCAGUUACCUAAAAAAGAACUCUUUACUCACCUGAGAAUAAAAAAAAACUUUAUUCAACAUAACAUCAUGGAUAUUAGCUCAGAACUAACAAAACAAAUCAUAGAAAUAUUUAAUCAAAAGCCAGUUGAUAAAGUAACUUCAAAAGAGCUGUCUAUCAUCACAUCGCUAAAUGUUCUAGAUAAAUUUCCGGUCUGCCUGAUAUGGGAGAGAGAACUUACCCUUGAUAUCUCAACGGAAGAGUGGCACACCGCCUUUUAAAAAAGUAAACUGUUAAUUUCACUGUCUUAACUUAGUGGAGACACAAUUUAAAAUAUUAAACAGAUGGUACCCUGUCCCUACCAGAUUGGCCAAAAUGUCAACAGCACAGUCACCCACCUGUUGGAGAUGUAAUAACACCUAAGGGGCAUUUAUCACCAGCCUGGAAAAGGACUGUAGAAUAUUUUAAGCUAGUAUUAAAUUUCCAAAUUACAAAAUCACCAAGUGCAUCUCUACUCCAUCUAAAACUCACUCUCUGGCAAACAAAAGUGGUAUUCUUUUUUAUCCAUUGUAUAAUAGCAACAAAAAAAUUUUAUAGCGAGAAACUGGGAAUCUUCAGAAUCACCAUCUUGGUAUCAACUUAGAAAGCAACUCAAUUUCUAGCUGACAAUUAAAACAGAUACAAUUACAAGGUAGGCUAAGGGUUACUGAUUUUGCGAUUAUAUUGUAUUAUCUAGUAAGUGGCUCCCUUAGUUAUCUCCCCCCCCCCUGACGUCAUGGCUAAGUGUUAUAUUUUGUGUUGGCUGUAUGUACUUAUUCACCUAUGACAGAUAAAUAGAUAUGUUUUAUUAUUAUGUUAAAUGUAUAAGCAAAAUAAUUUAAAUAAAAAUAUGCUAAAAAAUAAAAUAAAAUAAAAUGAAUGAAUAUAAAUGAUACAUAACAGUGAAGCAUGUAUAAGGAGAAAUAAUGCCAUCUUGAAGUUCUGGAGUCUCUGGAAUUCAUUCUCUCUUUAUGCUCCAUAAUCCCACUAGACAUCUCAGAGUUCUGGAGACUUCUAUAAACCAUUUGACCAUCUGCCGAUAUUAUCAUAUUGCCAUAGAUGCACAUCGACUGGGGUAGGUGAUCCUUGUGGAUAUAGGGCUCCCUGAACCUCUUCCAUAGAGAAGAAUUGCCAGUUCUGUGCUGCUCUUCCUGCUCAGUCUGCUCAGUGGGUUUUGCCUGGGAGCUGAAAAGACUCAUGGAGCAGAAUGAGCAGGGAGAGCAGCAGGAGAAAACAGUAUACAACUAGGAAUCUGGAGUUCCGGGCUGCCUGAGAGCCCAAUGAAACUAGGGUCACAGUUUUCAGACAUGGAGAAUACGAUGUCCUAUCCCUGUGACUUUAUCAAUGCGCUGCUUACAAUCCCAUGUCUUGCUGGAGACCAACUGGCAGACAGGCCAGACCAGCAUUAAAUAUUUAAAUCUCUGCCACUGCCAACCUCCCCCCAUGGUAUAAUUUUUUAUAUUGUGUGUGUUUGUACCUGUGUAUAUGUGUCUUUGUCUCUGAAUGUAUCCUUAUCAGUGCAUGUCUGUGUGUACCUGUCUGUGUAUGUGUGUGCCUUUCUGUGUCAGUGCAUGACUGUCUGUGUGUGUGCUUGUGUGUACCUGUGUAUACAUGAAUGUGCCUGCAUGUAUUGGUGUUCGUGUUUGUGCAUGUCUAUGUGCACCUUUGUGCACUUGUGUGUGUUUGUGCAUCUAUGGCUUUAUGUAUAUUUCUGUGAGUGUUGUGUCUGUACUUAGAUUACUGAGUUUGUGCCUAUGUUUCUAAGUGUGAGUGUGUGUCGAUAUGCAUGUAUCGGUGAGUGUUGGAAGAGGCGUAUCUUGCAGUUGUUAAUAGGUGGGGCUUUGGGGAGGGGUCACCAAGUUCUGGGCUUAAACUCUGGGUCUUUUUUAAUCCUAGCAACCAGGCCCGAAAUGGCCAUCGGGCACAGGUCGUAGGACCUCCCCAUCCGGUCCAUACAGGGACCACGCUAUCUGAGUGCUGGCCCUGCAGCCGGCCCACUUGCACAGGCAUGUGGCUGGGGAGGGAUGGAGAGGAGGACCUCGGCAGAACUCUAUCUUGCAGCUCUGCCGGUUUCCGCUCGCGAGAUCCAGAGCGUUGCCAUGGCAAUGCCCCAAUCUUGCGAGAGUGAACUCUAAUCCCACAGGCUAGAGUUCACUCACCACUAGCACCACCAGGGAUGGCAGCAGCAUGGUUCCCCCCCCUCCCUUCUUACCUUUAGCCUGGGAUAUAAUGCCUCACACACAUCACUCUCACACACAUCACUCUCACACACAUAACCCUCUCACACAUCACUCUCACACACAACACUCUCACACACAUCACUCUCACACACACCACUCUCACACACAACACUCUCUCACACACAUUACCCUCACACACACACAUAUCAUUCUCACACACACUCAUUAUCCUCACACACAUCACACUCACACCUCAUAUACACACAUUAUCCACACACACACAUUACCCACACACCCACACACAUUACACACACACACACACACACACACACACAUAUCACCCUCACACACACACUUCACCCCUCACACUCACAGCACCCUCACACACACACUGCACCCCUCACAUACACAUAUAUUGCACCCCUGGGAGGGAGUGCAUUACUUAUCUUUUUGUAUUUGUAUUCACUUUUUGUAUCACACAGCUUUGUUACAAUGCUGCCGCCCAUCCCAGUGUUCCCUAUUAAGUAUAUAAGUAUAUAGGGGUGUAUAUAAAAAAAUACCCCUCUCUGUCUCAUUAGAAAUAUCUUUGCCAGAAGCUCAAGGAAGCAAGGUGAAAGGUCAGUGUAGGACCUGCCUGGGGGGGGGGUCUGCAUUGACGUUGGCAGGCGGGCAUUCCUUCCAAUGACCAUUGGAGCAACUAAAUGACCUCCAUUUGUUUAAAUAUGCAUAGGGAUUCAGGAGAGAACACAGGUAACUUUUUCUUUGUUUUUUUACUGUAUAUAUUGGGGCUGAUGUGUACUGUGGUCAUUGCUGCCUCCCAGGAGUGAUGGGCGUGAGCGCAGGACAUAUCUUUUUGUAUUUGUAUUACCAAAUAUUAAAUUAACUAUAUUUUCUUUGUUUCUUCAAGGCCAAUAUACCAGGCUUGUGUUGUAUUUUGUACUUCAAAGAAAUAUGAUCUACUUUAUUUUGGAGACAUAUGUUCCUUCAACAUUGCUGGUUAUUCUAUCAUGGAUAUCUUUCUGGAUUUCUAUGUCUUCAGUUCCAGCAAGAACAUGCUUUGGUAUGGUAUAAAACAAGAAAAUAUGUGUGAGUCCAGAUUCUUGAGCUUUAAAUAAUUUCAUUGUUAUUCUCUAAACUGUAAAUUGUCCAAGUCACUUCCAAUAAUUAAAUUUUUGAGAUUACAAUUAUAAUAGAAAAAAGGUAACCUUGUGUUUUUUUGUUUUGCUUAUUUUGGUCUAACAUUUGAAUUUCACUCUGAAUUCACUUAAAAGGAACACUCCAUUCACCAUAACCACAAUGACAUGUUGUAGUGGACCUGGUGCCAGGAGUGCCUGAAGUCACCCAUCCAGUUUGACUUCUUACCUGGAGUCCACUGGGUUCUACUAUUAACCACAUGCUUCCACCCAUGGGUAUUGGAUGGAUGGUACACUAAUAUCAAUGGGGUCUUCCACUCAUUGGACUUAUCAUUGUCCACCCCGCCAAAUAAUAGCAUGUACCCACCAAAUAAUGCCGACCAAAUAAUGGACACCCUUCCCCCUGGUUCCCCCGGGUUGUCUAUGGGCACCCAAUUCCCCUAGCCACCCCCAGUAAAAGCAAGUUACCAUACCCAUACCCCUCAGCCAAAUAAUAGUGAGGGACUCAAUUAAUCUAAACCUGUUAAAAAAAAAAAAAAUAAUAAUAUAUAUAUAUAUAUAUAUAUAUAUACUUACCAUCAGAAGUAUUCUUUCUUCUAAUUCUUCUUAACAUCAGCCCCCAAAAAGGCCAAAUUAACUAACUAAAAUAAAAAAAUAAAACCCAAUUGCAAAAAAAACAAAAACAGGGCAAUGGAAAUAAAUCCAUCUUCACCCAUCAUCGCGGAGUGAGCUCCGAUAGCAAAAUUUCCCACACAUUGCAAUAUGAUCAAGAGCUCUCUGAUUAAUUGGCUACUAAGGUAAGCAAUCAGCGCACUCUGACAGCCAAGUGUCAAGAGAUCUUAAUGAUAAUUUGCAGAUAUGCAUCCUGUUGGAUGUGAUUUUUCAAGUGGUUCCAAAAGAAUGCUAGAGAAUAGGUCGGACCAACCGGAUCCUGACUGCAUUUGGCUUUAGUAAACCUGUAAAUUGUCAAUGCGGUCAGAAUUCUGCAAUUUACACCGGAUUUUAUCUGACAAAGUCUGGUGUUUAGUGAAUAGCACUGAGUCCCCACAAAGUUAACAAACAAAAAGAAAAAUGUUUAAAAAACCUAGUCUCACCCUAGGAAUAUUAACAAAAAGCCUGCCAAUGUGAUAUCUCCCAAAACGUUGUUUCAAAUGCCUCUGUUUCAGUAGCUGCUAGCCAGAAACAACAGAAAGCUAAAUCUAGUCUCACACUAGAAUAAAUGAAUUUGCUACUGAACACCACAUUAACCAAAAGAGUACUUUUCUUUCUGUCAAACUCAUCUCCCACUGCAAGUUAUUUCCCAUUCUCCUGGCAGUAGCUGUUAGCUAGAUACUGCAGAUAAAGCUAAACCUAAGAAUAAAUAACCCAGGCUAUCUCCCACUCCAAGACAGGCACAACAAGAGUAAACACAAUUCGGAAGAACUGCAUUUCGGCCCAAAACAAAUAUCCAAGUCUGUUAAGAACCAUCAUAUGCAUGAAGACAUGACUCCCUUGCUUUCUUGAAUUCAUCCACACUAUUAAUCAAAUAAAAAUAAAUUUAUUUUAUACAAUUUUGAUUCUAUCUAAAAAAUACUGUAUUUGAUAUCAUCUUUCUCUUGUUUCUGUUUUCACCUUUGUGUUUAGUUAACUGUAUCUUCAUGGCUAUAGUAAGUUAAUGUAUUUUGAUUCUCUCUCAUGAUAUUCAUUAAUGAACAAAUGGAUUUUUAAAAAUUAUGAUAAUGGUGUAAUACAUUGCUAAAUAAACUUUUCACUGGACUGCAAUAAGCCAUUAUUUGUUUUGAUAUGUUAAGAACAUGAAGAAUAAACAGUAAAAUAUUAGCAAUAUCCUAUAAUAAUUACACAUCCCAAAUUUGCAUUAUUAUUAUUAGUUGUAAUUUUUGUAUUAUUAUUAUUUUAUUUUAGGAGUAACUACUGUAUUAGCCAUGACUACCAUUUUAAUGGGUUCACGAUCAACUUUACCAACUGCCAACUGCUUCAUAAAAGCAAUUGAUGUUUACCUCGGAAUCUGUUUUACUUUUGUGUUUGGUGCCCUGUUAGAAUAUGCUGUAGCUCAUUAUUGUUCUGAAGAGGAAAAAACUUCAAUCAAAGAUUCAAGACAGGUACAUAGUCAGAAGAAAUGUGAGAAUGAAUCCUUUCUAAAAAAAAACACUGAUACUUAAAAUAUCUAUAGCUCACUAGGGAUAUCUCAUUAUAUAGAACAUAUAUUGAAUGUGUUUGAAUUGAAAUGCUUAUUAUAAAUUAUAUUAUUAUUGUUAUUAUAAAUUAUGUUGUUAUAGCAAAUCUGCUAGCAAAUGUAUAGAUUGUGUUCCUGACCCUACAGUGUUCCUUUAAACAAACAUGUAUUCCUGACCCUAUAGUGUUUAAAACACAUGUAGAAUCCUUGGCACACCCUUGCGACCUUAAAUAAGUUAAAAACUCACAUUUUUCCAGAACCUCAGGGGUCCCAUAUGAAAGCAUUAGAUUGGCUGAGAUUGUUCAUUCUGAUGAUCUCAAGCAAGGAAGCGGGGCGGUGCCAAACGCCCCCUAUCCAAUCAGCAUCUCCUCAUAGAGAUGCAUUGAUUCAGUGCAACUCUAUGGGGAGAGUUCAGUGUCUCCAUGCAGUUUUCAGCAGGAAGCACCUCUAGUGGCCAUCUAAGUAGAUGUGUUCCUAGGCACUAAUGUAAACACUGCCUAUUCUCUGAAAAAGCAAUGUUUACAGCAAGAUGCCUUCAGAGUAUUGAACAACUACAUUAAGCAUUUUUGGCAGAGAGUUCUAGAGGAAUUAUCCUGUUCUCUGUCCCAGCAAAUGCAACAUAGGAACUAUAGCUGCAUUGCUUAUUCUUCUAUGAAAAGUAGACGUUUUUGUUCUGAAUCAAAUUUUGUCCAAAUGUAUCCAAUUUCAGCAAUUCUGAAGCCUCUGAAUUCUGAAUUCUUCACAAAGAAGAAAUUAACCAAAAACAAGAAAUUUUGAACAAAUUGAUAUAACUUAUUUUGGUUCCAGAGGUUUCAUAAGCAUAGCAAAUUAGCAACAUAUCUACUAAGCAAUUGAAACAGCUUAUGUAAGAAGAAGGUCUGUUUCUUAAUUUUGCUUUUUAAGCUGUUUAGUAGAUAGCUCCCUAAUUUCCUAUGUGGGAUUGCCAUAAAUAAGGGUUCCAAAUUAAGGAUUUAUCUACUAAGCAAUUGAAAGUGCACAAUAAUCUUAAUUUUGGUCUCUUAGCUGUGUUGUAGAUAGUUCCCUAAUAUGACACCCUUAUGUGAGAUUUCCAUUGUAAGGAUACCAAAUUAGAAAGCUAUCUACUAAACACAACAGCUCCCAAAUUUGGUACACUUAUGUGGGAUCUCAAUAUUUAGGGAUAUCAAAUGAGGGUGCUGUUUAUCAGGUAGCUCCCUAAUUUGGUAUCUAUAAAGGGCCACUAUAGUGUCAGAAAUACAAACAUGUAUUCCUGACACUAUUGGUGUAAAACACCAUUUAGCUCCCUGUCCCUUUGCUCCCCUGAGUAAAAGGUAUUUUGCUCACCUUUUUCCUGCAUCGCACAGGUCUCCUCGCGGCUGGCUCUGCCCACAAUUUUGAUAAUCUCAGCCAAUCCAGUUCUUUCUCAUAGGGAAGCAUUGGGAGGUUAAUGUACAUCUGUGGAAAACUUUGUGCUAAUUUGUGAACUUUUUCUGAAUGUUGUUUAAUUUCAAAUCAAUUAUUUCAGAAUUUUGGAAAAAAAGCAAUUAGAAAAUGAAUGACUUGAAACUAAAUGAAACACAUUUUGUCAUCUGUACAUCUCUAAUGAAGAGUAUCUUGUACUUUGCUAAUGUGAUAUAAAUGGAGUAAAAUAUGUCACUAUGCUCUAGUGGCAAUGCCCUCGCAAUGAACACAAUGUAUCAGUGUGAUAGGAAAGAUUUACCCAACUUGAGAAAGUUGAAAUGCAAAUCAAGUAGGAAGUGGCAAGAGGUAGAAUGGACCCAAGGUGGGUGUUACAUUAGUGCAGUCACAGAAGCUGCUUAAUAUUUGGGCACCUGGUUAAUCUUGUUACACUUCCCCAGUUCCUAUGGUAUUCUGGGAAUUGGUUUGCUGAGUAGACAUUAGGAACUACUGUAUUAGAGGUUGCACCGAUGAACACAUAUAAUGUUAGUUAAAUGAAAAUAAUUACUGUUCGUCAAAGUGUAAAUAUAAUUUGAAUUUUUUCUUUUCAAUAGCAUCCUGAGGAAAAACCUGAUGACAACAUUGAAAUUGUUAUCAAAAGUACUUCUAAGGAACUGAGUUUAACUGAAAACCAAGAAAAUACUCUAAUGCAAAAAAACUCUGAAUCAAGCUAUGUCAAAACAGUCAACAUUUCACAGACUUUUUGGAUGAAAAUCAAAGAGAAAAAAGAUUUCUUCAAAGAUUUUUUUACAGUGAAAAAUCCAGAGAAUAUCGAUCGUUAUUCCAGGGUGGUUUUCCCGCUUGUAUUUCUGAUAAUAAAUGUGUUCUACUGGGCAUAUUAUCUUCACAUGUCAUGA